AUGACGACCCUGCUUGCGAUAUUGGCGUAUCAAACACGCUUUGCUAUCGACUUUGGUCUCGCUAAAGAUACCAUGAUAGCGGUGUACGGAACAUUCAUCGCGAGCUAUGUUGCCGACUACUACUUUGUCGGUCCAUGGACGCGAUUAGCCAUGGCAUGGCGCGCCCUGGGUAUCUGUCUCAUGACGGUCUGCGCUACCGGUGAUGCUCUUCAGCACUGUGCUAUUGGCGUACGACAUAUGGUAUCCUGUUAUUAUGUUGUACCGCACCUCGACAUCGCGGAUACACCCGGACCGGUCGAGCCGGAACUGGAACAAGACGAUACUAUUCUUUCGACUGAAGAGAAGAGUAUCUCUGUCUUGGCCUCCAUGUCUGAGGACGAGAAGUACAAGUACUGGGCAGAAGGGGCGCUUGUACCUCUGGGGUAUUGCGAUUGGGAACUACUGAUGGCGCAGGUGAUAUCAGAGAUACCGACGAUGCAGGGUCGGCCAAGUACGAGGAGGAGAGGUUAG